AUGGCUUCAAGUUCUAGGGUUUUUCUUUUUGUGCUUCUUGGUGCUCUUGUCUGUAGUAGCAUUGAUGCAAGGAAGCUUGGGAGUGAUAAGGUGUUAAGGGAUGAGAAGAAUUUCUAUCAUCAUCCAGGGUUCGGUGGAGGUUCAGGCGCAGGAGGAGGUGGUGGUUUUGGUGGUGGUGGUGGUAGUGGAGGAGGUUUAGGUGGUGGUUCAGGAAGCGGAUUUGGUGCAGGUGCCAGUGCUGGUGGUGGUUCUGGUGGUGGACUUGGAGGUGGAGGUGGUUUUGGUGGUGGUGGGGGCGGUGGAUUCGGCGGAGGAGGUGGUGUUGGUGGAGGAUCAGGGUUUGGAGGAGGGUCAGGAUUUGGAGGUGGUGCGGGUGCUGGUAGUGGACUCGGAGGAGGUGGUGGAGGAGGAUUUGGAGGCGGUGGUGGUAGUGGUGGUGGACUUGGUGGUGUCGGAUCCGGUGGAGGAUUUGGUGGAGGAGCUGGUGGAGGAAUUGGAGGUGGAUUUCCAUGA